GCAGUCUCGAUCUAGUAAGCACGUUAGACGGACGCGUUCUGCCAAGGCGAACGUAACAACAGCUGUUGCUUAUUAUUUACAAACAUUUGACAUAAACAUAACUUAUAAUAUUAAAGUUUCAAAUAUUGAUCCAAGUUGUGUGAUAAUUCGUUAGUCUGUCGAGAGUUUUUGCCGUGUAAUUGUGUUAAUAAGCUACGAUGCCGGCUCAAAUGGAAACUAGAAUCGUGCCACGACAAGUUACGCCAGAAAUAUCAAAACAUAUGCUGUCAGACAUCGAGAAGCUGCCGGGGGUGCAGCUUGGAGACUUCCUGUUGACAUUCGAACUGGACGAACCCAGAGCAUCCGUUCAAGAGAUCGCGACUAGGGAGCUUAGAGAAACCCCGGAGAAUGUGAAGACUGCUGUUGAAGAGCUAAGGAAGCUGCUAGAAGACGAUAAGGACUUGUACGUGCCUUUGGAAAGUGACGCGUGGCUCGUCAGGUUCCUGAGACCUUGUAAAUUUUAUCCUGAAAGUGCCUAUGAACUGAUAAAGCGAUACUACGCGUUCAAACAAAAGCAUUAUAAACAUUAUGAUGGCUUGGUGCCGAGCAAGGAGACGAACGUGUUCAACCAGAAUAUCCUCACUGUGUUGCCGAUGAGGGAUCACCUCGGUCGGAGAGUGCUCGUUCUUGAACUAGGCAAACACUGGAAUCACAAUAAAUGUUCGCUGGACGAAGUUUUCAAAGGCUGCGUGUUGUUCCUUGAAGCUGCCAUGUUGGAGCCAGAGACACAGAUUUGUGGAGCUGUGGUCAUAUUUGACAUGGAUGGUUUGUCCAUGCAGCAAGUAUGGCAGUUUACACCGGCAUACGCCAAGAGGAUCGUCGAUUGGCUCCAGGAAAGCAUACCACUCCGUGUAAAAGGCUUAUAUAUAAUUAACCAGCCUUACAUCUUCAACGUGGUGUUUCAAUUGUUCAAGCCAUUCUUGAAGGAGAAGCUGCGCUCAAGAAUCAUCUUCAUCGGAUCGGAUCGCGAUCUACUACAUAAGUAUAUCAACGCUAAGUGCCUUCCCGCUUGCUACGGUGGUACUGUCAACAUACCGAAGGUCACAGGAUCGCAGUGGCUGGAGCUCCUCCUGAUGUGCGACGAAGAAUUCACAGCCAUAAAUUCCUACGGCUACAAGAAGAAAUGAUUUCAACAAUUACCGCACAGAAAAUUUGGUUUUCACAUAAUUCAUAUCUUAAAGACACUAAACUAUAACAACGUUAAUAGGUACUUAAUAUUAAAGAAUUGAUACAUUUAUUUUAUUUGGAAUAAUCUGAAGGUUCAAGUAAAACAUUUCAAUAGUGUUUUAAAGUAUAUUCUUACAAAAAGUACAAAUACACUUAGAAGAGGAAUUGUGCUUGUAUACUUUUAAUUUGAAGCCAAGCCCUGUACUUUUAAAAUCGAAAUUCAAUAUAUAAUGGACUGUUUAUCGUCUGUCCUGCUCCAACCAAAGUAUUUUUGAUAUCAUAGAAGAAAACAACACUAAAAAAUGUACGAUUAUAUCGAUUAAAAUUAGUUUUUUAACUUUUAAAUAUC